AGUCUCCUGCGGUGAAUAAAUUUUACUUCGUUUGUGUCCCAGAUGAAAUCGUAGUUUUAUAUGCACAGAAAGAAUGACUGAUGGUUGCAGAAAACCGAAUUGGGAAGCAAUUUUCUAGUAAUAACAGUUGGGUAAUUUGAAUUACCCGCGCUUUGCAGUUAUUGGUGAGCUGUAGCCAGCUCCACUAUAUACGGUUUGUAGACGUGCGGUUGCACAACAAAAGUGGCCAACGCUUCGAAGUUCCUAAUGAUUAGUAUCCAUGCAGUCUCCAAGUUAUUGUUUUAGAAUUCACUUAUUACAUGUUCAUGAAAUGGGUAGGAAUUAAAGAACACCUUCGGAAAAUUCGGUCCCGAAUGAGGAUAUCUUAUUACAUAAACAGGGUUACAUAUAGGCGAUGUGGGUUUUGUGAGGCAGCUCGAUAAACAUGGACGCGUAUUUUCUAUUUUUAAGAAAAUUAAAAGGGUGAUUUCUGUGAACGAGACACUACACGACCCUUAGGUUUACACGUAGUUGGCAUUCCUCCGCCCCUGGCGCCUACGCAAUGCAAAAACGGAGGGGAAAAUUUAAAAAGCGAGAGGCUGCUGACGAUUUUUAAACAUCAAUGCGCGCCUUUUCAAACUGUCGAAUGAGCUUGAGGUUUUGUAAUUCCAACCAAUCAACAAGUCGAAUGUAUCCAAUGGCGAGAGUUGUUCAUCUAGCAAUAGCCAAUCAGAGGGCAGAACUAGUGUAUAAAUUUUGCCUUCUGCGCUCAGCUUUUAGUUCUCUUCUGAAUCUGCGAAGAUGGCUCGGACGAAGCAGACGGCUCGCAAGUCUACGGGCGGCAAGGCGCCUCGCAAGCAGCUGGCCACCAAAGCGGCUCGCAAGAGCGCGCCGGCCACGGGCGGCGUGAAGAAGCCUCACCGCUACCGGCCGGGCACCGUGGCGCUGCGCGAGAUCCGCCGCUACCAGAAGUCGACGGAGCUGCUGAUCCGCAAGCUGCCUUUCCAGCGCCUGGUGCGCGAGAUCGCGCAGGACUUCAAGACGGACCUGCGCUUCCAGAGCUCGGCCGUGAUGGCGCUGCAGGAGGCGAGCGAGGCGUACCUGGUGGGGCUCUUCGAGGACACCAACCUGUGCGCCAUCCACGCCAAGAGGGUGACCAUCAUGCCCAAGGACAUCCAGCUGGCGCGGCGCAUCCGCGGAGAGAGGGCUUAGCCGCCCCUCGCCCUCGCCCUCCUUCACCAACAACCCAAAGGCUCUUUUCAGAGCCACUACACCGCAUCCCGAGAAGAGCUUGAUAUUGUCUUCCCUUUCCCCCUAUCCCAAUUUGCGAGUUAGUACAAAGUGCUUUGCACUGCGAUGCGAGAGGGAGCGUGGGAUUUCAGAUCACUUCCUGUAUAUACAUAAGUGUCCCCGUUUCUGCUUCAUGAAGCGCCAUUUUGGGAACGGGAAGGAACUAGUUUGAAUUUUCACAGCCCAAUUCUUGACUGGCCGAGGAGCGAAGGGCUUACCUUAAGGUGCCCUCGAGCUUCACUUGCGGCUUUUAAUUGGGUAGGUGCUUAAAACGGGGGUGGAGAACCUGGGGCCCCCAGAUGCUGUUUGCCUCUACACUGCGAUGCGAGAGGGGAGCACAUUUAAGUCGAAGGAGCUGCGGAGCCUUCGCUGUUUAAUUUGGUACCUUUAGACAUGCGUGGAAAUACUGAUGCGGAAAGAACAUGACACAGUCAUGUUGGCACGGGGGAGAAGAUGUGAAGGCUGUGCUGAGUCGGAGCUGCAGCGAAAAGAAAGCCUCCUGCUCCAAGUUGGCUUCCCUGCUGGCCAUCUGCCCUUGGCAGUAGCCACUGUGCCCACUGAGCUUUUCUAGUUCUUAUAAAAUUUUGUACUUCUACAAGUGUUCAGGUUUACCUGGUGCUUUGUGUGUGCGCACGUGUGCACUGUUGUUUUAGCUACAUGAAGUCUUGCACUUGAAUAGUGUAAUGAAUUUGGUAUUUAUAAGCAUGUAUAUGACACUGCAUAUUUCUGGAAUUGCUCUUGGCGGCUUGAUUAGCUCAAAGCUAGCUGUUGUCCUUCUGAGUAUGAAUGAGUGUGUGGUUUCUUGUGGUUCUCACAGCAAAAAAUAAAAUAAAAAAUCCACUCAG